CGCGGAACCGACCUUGUCUGGCGGGUCCACACCCUCCUGGCCCGGUGUUGCCAAGUCCAAGAACCGUGCAGCAUCCUGUGCGGUCUUUGCUGUCCUUUUGGGAGGCGGUUAGUGAUGUUUCCUGGCUCGGGCCACGCUUCUUGUUGGGCAACUUUUCUAGAAAUUUCAACCCAUAUUGACAGGCUCAGAGAUUGCCAGCUAGAGUUUUAUUUCAGUCGCGUUCUUAGAAGGAGAUUGCUGGGGUUUUUGCCUGUGUUCCCAGGAAUGCUUGGCUGAACCUCAAGCUUUACAUUUUACCGAGUUUGAGUUUUCCAGUUUGAUGCUUGGCAUUUUGAUACCAGUUUUUACCAAUGUUGUAUCAUUGCUGUUGAAUAUAUGGCAUUGCUAAAACUCUAACUCACCAGGCAACGUCUAUUGCAGCAGGAGGCAAAUUCAUAGUCAGUUUUCAACGAGUAUAGGAACUUUGUAAGUUGUUAGAAUAUUUCCUUUCUACUUUACAACUGUCAGGAAUGUGUUCAGAAUGUGUGUUGAAUUGACUGGCUCAAACACAAGGAAACUGUAUAAGACAUUUGGAGCAUUACCAAUUUAAAACUAUUGGCAUUCGAUGAGAUUUGAAGCUUCAAAAUCAUUUUGCUACAUAUUUAGCCUAUGCUGAGAAUAACUGAAGUCCCUGUACAGCUGGUCAUAAAGACACAACCCUUCCUUUUAAGAAACGAAGUAGGUAAAUCUGACUCUCACAUUACCAAUUACAUUUUAUUGCAUAGCACUUUCUUUUCUAAACUACAUUUUGCUUUCUUCUUCUUCUUCUUCUUCUUCUUCUUCUUCUUCUUCUUCUUCUUCUUCUUUUCUUCUUUUCUUCUUUUUUUUAUGGUUGGUUGGGUUUUUUUUCUAGACAAAGUUUCACUAUGUAUCCUUGGCUGUUCUGGUACUUGCUGUGUAGACCAGAUCCGCACCAACUCAGGGAUCCCCCUGCUUCUCUCUACCUUCUUAGUGCUGGAAUCACAGGUGUGCACCACCACCCAGCUAUAUUUUGCUCUUUAAACUGGCUAGAAAUGCUGGUGGUGCUCAUUUUGAGGGCCAUGCAGUGCUGUUUUUAAGAGAAUAUAAAAAAGAAUACAGCUCUAGGCUUUUGGUCCCUCCUCCUCUGAAGUUAUUUCCCCCUUUAAGGAACACACAAUUUCACUUCAGCAAAACACCAGAUCUAAGCAGUACUGUCUGCUUCUGAGUACAGAAAAGCCCCCCUGCCCCCAGACAAACAUGUUUUAUGUAUCAUUUGUUAAAUAAUGCUGAACUUAUUCCUAUGAUCCUAUUAAUUUAUUUAUUUUUCUUUCUCUUGUUUUUCUUUCUCUUUUCUUCUAUGGUCCCUUCCCUAAUAGUCUCAGCCAUUAGUAUUUUACUUUAAGUAAUGGCAGAGGUCAGAAAGCUGUAUACCACUGAAUCCCACUGAAAUGCUUGUAAACAUACUGUUGAAUCAGUGCUGAUAAAAACCUGGAACCCUUGUACAUGGGUGGGGAUCAUGGGGGUGGGGCAGAAGGGAAGUUCUAGAAUUUCACACAAGUUGGAUAUUGUGUAAGUUUACUUUAUGGUCUGCUCAGCAGUUGAGUUUUCUGUUUCUGUUUUUGUUUUAAAUGUGAUACUUAUCAGAUGCCCCCUCCCACCCCGUCCAUGACAGGACUAAAGUGGGUCAGACACUGUUACCCUGUGUUUUUCAUGGGAGACUUGAAAACUUACAAAUUGAUGGAUUUUAGUAAAUUUAUUCAUUAACCAUUGUUUCUUUGUCAAGCAUAUAUCCAUGCCUAAUGGAAAAAUGCUUUUGUCAGAAAAUGACCCCUCUAUGCCUCCAAAAAGUUAUUUAUACGAUAACUUGGUUGAGGACGAGACUCAUUCACCCCCACUCACACACCCUUUUGCAUUUCCUGAGAACGUAGACUGCUAUAUCUUUCUAGGUCUAGAACAACCAAGUGCUCAUUAAAUACUAGAAGAAUCAUACUCAAUAAAUACUGAUUUUCUUUUUCAUGUCAACGGUGGUAUGAGACUGUGGGGAAAAGAAUGUUAACAAGACAGGAAUGGGCCUACGGUCAUGGAACUUAAGGAGCACUGUUGAGGGUAAAGACAAAAUAAAGCCCUACAAACAAAACCUUCAAAGUCAGAUAAGCGUUACAGGAAAGUAGAGCACUAGGGUCAGGUUGUAGCAGGAGGGAGGGUGUUUACUGAGUACAAGUGGAAAGGCUACCACAGCGGUCAAUAUUGUAAACUGAAUUUCCACAGGCAGCCAAUUUUUUUUUCAGUUUAAAAUUACUUUCAUAAUUAUGAAAGCCUGUUCUCAGUUAACAGGCUGUACUCUAGAAUUGUAGGCUUUGUUACAAGCUCAUUGGGAAUUUUCCAUUCAAUCUAAGUAAAACUCGAUGCUUAACCUCAGCCUGUGAACCCCUGCGUUCAGUGAUGCUUCUCACUUCCUUUUCCUAUCUGAUGUACUUUUGUUCUACCUUUGUGAUUUCCUAGGUACCCGAAUAAGGCACACUUUACUGUCCCAUUCUCUGCUUCUUGGACUAUUCUUUAUCCUGCUCUUACUACCGCGUUUACUCUUUUCUUCUGAAAUGGGUAGAAAAGUUUGAUGACUUCCACCCCUAUUCAAAAUGCAUUCUUUCAACUCUUUUCUGUCUCAGCACUUUAUUUUCUGUAUAGUGUGUGUCAUGCCGUGGUGUGAUGUUACUGCUUGCUCACUGGGCUUUAGUACCUGCUGGGUGUGGGAACCUGACCAUGCCUGUCUUGUAUAGUAGGCACAUUUGACACUUAGAACUUUCCUUUCAUAAACAGUACCUUGACUCGUGUGUUUCUAGGCAAUCAGCAAUAACUUUUACUUUGCUGGGUUAUUUUUAACUUUUAUUUUUUUAUGAUUUUAAUUUCUUCUGUAGUAAGGAACGAUUUUCUGCCUACCUUGUUGGACAUAGGCCUGACCACACACAAUAUUUGUAAUGUCUUCCAAACUUCCAUUCUCACACUCUUUAUUCUUCCUCUUCUAAGCUCCCAUUUGCUGCUCCUUUGGUGUACGUUAGCUUUCCUUUGGUAAAAUUCAGAUACCCAUGGUCUGUAGUUGUUUUCCCAUUAGCACUGGGUGCUCUCCCAUGGGGUUGAAGAAGGAAAGGUGGAGAUGACCUGGAACAGUGUCAGCAACUUCUGACUGUUGGCAUAGGUUGAAAGUAAAGCAGUCAUCAGUGUGUCUGGGAUACUUGCGCCUGAAUUCACAUUUACAGUGCUGUUACUGGAAGCUGUACAGAGAGACAAAGUUGCUAGAUUGAAAUGUUCAAAAAACUCAUUACCUUUUAAAAAUGUAUGGUUGACAUAAUGGCUAGGUCAGAAACAAAUUCUCAACAAUGUAUUUUUCUAAUGAACCCAUAAAAGGUUAAGAGAAAUUAGGUCAUGAGGGGAAAAUCUUAAAAGGAAAGUAUCAGUUUGUCAGCUCGUCCUGCCAAAUACUUAAACUUAAAACCAUUAGGAUCAGCUGCUUGUAGCUAUCAGCUAAAAUAGGCUAGUGCCCUCUGUGUACUGCCUUUAACAAAAUAACAAACAAUGUGAGGAUGGAACAGAUUGAGCCAACACAAUAAAAAUGGAACCAGCUCAACUUUUAUUUCUCUUUCAAGAGGAAUUCCAUAAGAGCUGACUAUAGAAUGUCAAAUAUUAAAAAAAAAAAGUACCAUCCAGUUUAGUUAUAGAGAAAUUGGCUACUAUAGCCAUACAUGAUGACACUAUAAUACUACUACUCAAAAUAUUAAAAAACGUAUCAUCCAGUUUAGUUAUAGAGAAAUUGGCUACUAUAGCCAUACAUGAUGACACUAUAAUACUACUACUCAGGAGGCUGAGACUGGAGCAUUGAAAGUUCCAGGUCAGCUUGGACUACCAGCAAAAUCUUGGCCAGCCUGGGCAUACACAGUGAAAUCCUAUCUUAGAAUAUGAGGGGAGAAGGAGAGAGUAAAGAAAUUAACUACUAUACAGGUAGUUGUUUUGGUGAUUGUUAGUCUGUCUUUCAAUCUAAAGUGAUAACAUAGUUGUUUGCUUUUAAACAUUAUUUAAACAUUGCUGUAGAAUAACUCCUUGGUAUCUUAAAUUAUAUCUCUGAUUAUUCUUUGGAGAUUUUUUUUUUUUUUUUUUUAGAAAUUUGCCUAACCUGUUUAAAAAAAAAAACAAAGAUGGAGAUACAUGAUUGGCAGAGAUUUUAGACAUAAAAAUGACAUUAAAUUUUUGGAAUUGAGUAAUAUACAUAAUUUCUUCUGUAUUAUGGAAAGAUUUUCUGCAUACAUUGUUGGACAUAGGCCUGACUCCACAUAAAAAUUUGCAAGCAGUUAAGAUAACUUUUGUUAAUAUUUGUUAUAUGUAAAUCUAUAUUAUAUAUGUAUAAAUCUAUAACACACACACAUAUAUAUUUACAUGUGUAUAUAUAUGUGUGUAUAUAUAUAUUUAUAUAUGUGUAUAUAUAUACAUAUAUAUAUAGAGAGAGAGAGAGAGGAGAGAUCCUGCUCUAUAUGUGACAUUAACAUUGUACUUAGUGCAAAGGUGUUCUUUCAACUUUUUUCACCUUUUACCUUAGUCCCUUCCUUUAUUAUAAGGCUUUAUGCCAUAUUUCCCCAUUAUAAGGCAGACCCUACUGCUCUCAGGACUACCCUGCCAAGGCAGAAUAAACUGGAUCUUGUCAACAAAAAGGGAAUGGGGAGGGCAAUUGACUAGUUCCAUUGUUAAGAUACCCGAGAUCCCAGAUCACAUUAUAAAUUCCCAUAGCGCACUGUUUCUGGGAACUUCAUAUUCCUUUCCGGAUAGUUUUAAACCUGAAGACCACAGUAUGCCUCUUGGUAUGGUUGGUUUGUUGCCAGUGUCAUUGUAGUUCCAUCAAGCAAGAUUAUCUUUGUUUUGUUGUAAAUCUUCUGGUGUUAUAGUCCUCUUAUUCAGUAAUGAUGGGUUCCUCAGGAGAGUCUAAUUUCUUUUAUUCUUCAUAUUUAAUCCUUUUAAAUACUUUCUAUUUUCUAGUUUCAGACUAUGCUUUAAGUAAAAUUACAUCUCUCACCUGAACUAGUCUUCUGAUUUCACUGAAAACACCUCACACUAAACACCGUAUGUAUCAACUGAGCAUAAUGGCAUACACCUGUGGUCUCAGCUAUUUUAGAGGCUGAGGAGUACGUGUGCAAGUAUUCAAGACCAACUGACCUAGAUAAACAUAACAAGAUACAAUCUUAGUUGAAAUUUUUUUUUCAUACAAUAUACUUUUCAUACAACACUUUCUCCUCCCAGAUCCUCUUCAUUCACUCAGCUCCGGAGCCUUUCUUUCUCUGUUUAAGAAACACAAAAACUCAAGAAACUCACAAACACACACACAAAAAUAAAUAAAUCCAUAAAAUCACUAAAUCGGAAACCAAAAUAUGCAAGUAAAAGGCCAGUUUGACAAAACAUGUCCAAACAAAGCUUAACGAGAAAGAAAGUCUACAAAAAUACCGUUCAUUUUGUCUUGACCAAUGAAGGGUAGAUGCCAUCAGAGAAAACUCAUUUUUCCUUUGCAAGUGGGUGUCAGUUGCAGAUAGCUUCUUGGUUAAGGAUGGCCUUCAUGCACACCUUUAAGCAGUGGACCCUAUCUGCCUUGAAUCUGUGCAGGCCUGAUGUGCUUUCAUGGUCACUGUGAAUUCAUAUAUGCAUCAGUUCUGUUGUAUUUGGAGGGCAUUGUUUUCCUUGGACCCUUUAGGACAGAGUGCUCCAAAUAUCUCAACCUCUGCAUGUUGCCCAGUGUGGGUUUCUGUAUUAGUUCCCAUCUACUGCAAAAAGAAGCUUCUUCCAUGAUGGCUGAGCAAGGCACUGAUGUAUGAAUGUAGCGCAAUGUCAUUAGGAGUCAUUUUAUUGGUAUGUUCCUGUAGCACAGUCAUUCUCAACCUUCCUGAUGCUGCAAUGCUUUAAUACAGUUUCUCAAGUUGUAGUGGCCCCCAAACAUAAAAUUAUCCUUGUUGCUAUUUCAUAACUAAUUUUCUUUCUUUUGUGAAUUAUAAAUAAAUACUUGUGGUUUUUGAUCGUCUUUGGUGACCUCUGUAUAAGGGUCAUUCAACCCCAAAGGGGUUGAGACCCAUAGACCAAAACCAUUGCUUUAUCAGAAAAAUAGUAUUUUAUUUUUCCUAGUGCCUGCCUAUCUAGUCUUAGGUUUUUGGCCACCCUAGCAAUGUCAAGCAAGCAUCUCAUGGAGUAGACCUUAAAUUUAGUAAGAGAGUGGUUGAUUACUACUAAAACAUUUAUGCCACUGUUGUCCCAGAAUAAUGAAAUACCAUUUAAAAAACAAGCCAAAACAAAACCUCUUAGGCUAAGGGUAUAUUCUGAGUAGUGGAAAGGUUGUUUAUCAAAUAGGAGGCUCUCAGUUUAGUACCUAGCUCUUCCAAAAGGAAGGUUGCAUGUAGUCCUUCCUUUGCUGACAUUGUCCCUAGUUGCCCUUCCAUCCCUCACCCCAAAAGAUGACAAAUUAGAAACUUCCCAGCUUCUUCUUUAGACAUAAGUGGUCUAGCUGCUGUUUUCUUCUCUUCCACCUCUUACAUUCAAUCUCUAAGAAUUUUCUGUUGAUUCUUCCUUCUAAAUAGAAAUUAGUAGUUGACUUGACUGUCAUUUGUACUAACAUUUUUUGUUCCUAAUAUAAGCCCUCGUCACUUAAAACCAUUGAUAUCAUGAGCUAAUUUGUAAUUGUUCUUUCUAUUUUGUCCAUUGUAAUUAAUAAAUAUAUAACUGUCCUUAUUUAUAUUGAAAAGACUCACAAUUAUUUUCUUGUAUGCUUAAUUAUAAUAAUUAUGUUGUGUCUAGUCUUUUCUGAUUCAGGUGCAGCACUUCAGGGAAUAAGUACUCCAAGGUCCUUAUGGCUGUCACUCAGUCUCCUUUCCUUUGUUUUCUUAUUAUUUGACGUCAUCAGGUCACCUGCUGAUACAUGUGUAUAUAGUGCUGUUCGUCUAACUUUUUCUUUCUGUGUACAGUAUCACCUGGAAUACCAUCCAUAACCCUUUCCACCAAUACAGGUUUUAUCUUUGGAUUUAGCUUUAAUGGAAAUUCUUAUGUUUGUUUGACAAUCACUUAACAUCUAUUGAUUUGAAAAUGUAACUAGUCUCUGCCUUAGUUUCCUUUUUUUCUGAAAAAUUAGGAUAAUUAGCAUACAUACUCGCAUAAUACUUCUAGAAUUAUUAUGAGGAUAAAAUUAACUAAUUUAUAAAGGGUUCUUAGUUUGCACAUUAUAGGUGCUUAAUAAAUAUUAUCUAUAUUGAUCAAAGAAAAAUGUAGUUUGAGAGGAUGAUGUUGUAAUUUAGUGGUAGUUACAACACUUGCUUACAGGUACAAGACCCUGGGUCUAAUCCUCAUAAACACACACAGGUGCAGAUGCAUGUAAGAUCAUUUUAACUAAGUUAUUCAUUUAAUAUUAAUUUACUAAGUUAUCACCUCAUUUUUAUACACAUGUAUAUAUGUGUCAGCCCCUGUGUAUAAAGUGACUAGCUUGUUUCCAACAUUUGAUCUCAUUGUUAACUAGAAGCAGUGUAAGAGGAAAUGUGAGCUGCAGAAUCAGCCCCCAGGUAAAUAGCCACAGAAGGCUACCAAACAAGAUAAAUAAUUGUCUCCAAGUAGAAGAAAACCAAGCUCCAUGAGUGGGCAUCGGUCAACAAGGAAACGAUGUGGAGAUUCUCACCCAGAGUCCCCUGUGGGCUUUGGGCAUAUGAGUACUACAGGGUGUGUAUUAAAUAAAUUGUUUCAGUUACCGACACCACCACUGUCAAGACACCAGUUAAAACGGCUAGAAGAACACAGGUAUCAGAGUGCUGGACGGUCCCUUCUCGAGCCCUUAAUGCAAGGAUACUGGGAAUGGCUAGUUGGAAGAGUACCCUCAUGGAUUGCCCCAAAUCUCAUCACCAUCAUUGGACUAUCAAUAAAUAUCUGUACAACUAUUUUGUUAGUCUUCUACUGCCCUACAGCUACAGAGCAGGCACCUCUGUGGGCUUAUAUUGCCUGUGCUUGUGGCCUUUUCAUUUACCAGUCUCUGGAUGCCAUAGAUGGGAAACAGGCCAGAAGAACUAACAGUAGCUCUCCUCUGGGAGAACUUUUUGAUCAUGGCUGUGACUCACUAUCGACAGUUUUUGUGGUUCUUGGAACUUGUAUUGCAGUACAACUUGGGACAAAUCCUGACUGGAUGUUUUUUUGUUGUUUUGCUGGGACAUUCAUGUUCUAUUGUGCACACUGGCAAACAUAUGUUUCUGGAACAUUGCGAUUUGGAAUGUCAGUCCGUUAUGAAGGCAAGGCCAGACAGGAACCUGGAGGCAGUGACUGAAGCAGAAGCAAUCAAGGAGUGUUCUUACUGAUGUGCUCUCUAUGGCUUGUUCAGCCUGCUUUCUUAUACAGUUCGGGACUACCUUAACCAGGGGCAGUACUUUACCCUGUGGGCUGUACUGCAUCAAUUACUAAUCAAGAAAAUGCUACAUAGGCUUGUUUAGGCAGGCCAAUCUGAUGGAGGCAUUUGUCAAUUGAGCCUCUCUAUUCUCAGAUGACACUAACUUGUAUCAAGUUGACAAAAAAAAA